AUGGCUUCUUCUUCCUUCCGAGACUCUAUAAACUCCCUUGGCUGGAGUCGUCGCGAUGAGCCUGUCAACACUUCGCAGCAAAGCGGCUUGCUCUCUUCCAUACAGAGUUUGAACCCCUUCCAAGGAAGUAGUGGUUAUGUUCGACUUCCCACUACCGAGAGUGCCGGCGCGCCUCUGCCUGCGCCCAGCCGACGCGAAGAGGAGGAGGGCUGGUUUGUUCUUAGCCGAUGGGAUCGAUUGUUGAUCUUUGGAGCUUGCAACCUCGCUGCUGUGGCAUGUUUCGUCAUCUGCUUCACUCUAUUCCCUGUCCUCUCAUUGAGACCACGCAAGUUUGCCAUCUUAUGGUCCGUGGGAUCUCUCAUGUUUCUGGCGUCGUUUGCCGCUGUGAUGGGCCCUAUGAACUACGUCUAUCAUCUUCUUUCGACCCCUCGACUACCGUUCACAGCGGCCUAUUUCGGUUCCAUCAUAUUAACACUUGUGUUUGCUUUGAAACUUCAUAGCACGCUUCUCACCUUGUUUUCUGCCCUCAUCCAACUUGCAUGCUUGAUCUGGUACUUGAUCAGUUACUUCCCUAUGGGAUCUACUGGUUUGCGUUUCGCUACAUCAUUUGGAGCGAGACAGGCAACAGCCUGGAUGACCGGGUAG